UUUAAAACAUAACCAAAAUAUUGUUGAUUUUCGUUAAGAAAUUAACGCGUUACACCUUUUUAAACAAUGGCGAAACUACACAAUUAUUACGUAUUGUGUCCACUUAUUGAUCAGAAAAGUUUUUUAGGUAUCACACAUGAUAAAGAAGAAUCCAGCGUUAUUGUAUCGCUUGGCCGGAAUGUGGUUAAUAAGUAUCGGCUCUCGGAUCAAAAGCAAGUCGGCGGCUGGACAUCAAAGGACCACAUAACUGCCGCAGUUAUUUAUGACAAUGAGCAAGAUCACUAUGUUGGAGUUUUCAAUAACAAUGCAAUAAAAACAUGGAAAGAAGACUCUGAUAACUUGGAUAAAAUCAAGAAACAGAAAUUUCCCAUGAACAUUUUGAAGCUCAUAAGAAGAGGAGAUGAGUCUCCACUUGUUAUAUUUGCGAAUGGCAACUGUGCAGCUCUCUCAUUUGCAUUGGAUAAUAGAAAGAGCAUUGAAAGUAAAGCCUUGAUAAAGGAAACAGACUCAAUAGUUGAUAUAUCUUAUUACAAACUCAAUAAUACACCACAUAUUUGCUAUAUUAUUAAAAACAACAAGGAUAACUAUGAAAUUCUAACCUGUCCCUUGAGAGAAGAAUUAGGUGAUAUGGAGAAAACAAAACUGCAAAGGAUGAAAGUGUCAAGAACUGAAGAUGUUUAUGUAGUUGGUCAUCUUAUUGCUAAAGAAAAACUUGGAGUUUAUAUAUUAUGGAGUGAUGGCAAACUAACUGUUUACGACUUUGAGAAAAAGAACUGGAGAACAAUUGGUUCAGUUCCAUGGAUAUCUACAUUUUCCAGUGUUUCCAUUGCAUGGAUGGGGAAAAACCAUUUGAUAUUUUUUGGUAGCAACGUGGAACAGGAUGGGGCCAUUAUUGUGGCGUAUAAUAUAGUGUUGGGUGUCGGUUCCUGCAAGUAUCCAAUGAAAAUGUACACCGAAAGUGCUAAACUUUACUGUUUUGAUAACCGUAUAGUACUAGAAGCUUCCAACCAUAUUGGAAUGUUGCCAUAUGUCGUGGAAACCAAGAGAAAUCUGUCCAGCCUACUCGGAUCUCACGAGGUGACAAAAGAUGAGUCAACAGAAAUUGCAGACUGGGGCACACCUACCAGACCAUUAUAUCAUAGUAGUGAAGAAAUUAAAGAUUUAGUUAAUUUAGGUCUAACAGAAAGAAGUAUAUGCUCACAAAUAAUACCAUUGUUGUUGGAAAAGAAUGACCAUAACAAAAUUGUAAAAGUUUUAAAUGAUUUCAAAGAUGUGCCGGAAUCAAUUUUAGUUCUGUUACUCUCAUACGCUAUUAAAUUAGUGAAUCCAAAUAAUAUUGAUGUUACGAAUAACGAAGAAUUCCUGAGAAUAUGUGAAAGUGAUUUACAAUCUGAAGGAGCAAGAGUACAUAAUAGUAAAUUGAAUUUCUUAAACUAUGUGCUACAAAUACCAGUAAGCGAUGCCACACUUGUACCAUAUUUGCGAAAUGGAUUGACUCUUGACAAUGCGUUAUUCCUCAUGAGCUAUAUAUCCUAUUUACUUGUUGAUUCGGAAAUGGAAAUUGAUAUAGAAUAUGAAAGUAAACUGUUAGAUUGGUGUACACUACUGAUGGAUGCAUUUUACCAACAAUACUUGAUGACUAAAGAUGAGAAAGUCACAUUUGUUUUGGAAACAAUGAAGAUAAUAGUAGAUAAUCUCGUAGAUCAGUUGAUGGUAGUUGACAGUCUGUUACCUAAAUUACACCAAACUGUAAGCGGAAAACAGGCAAAUAAUAAUGUAGAUGAUUUAUUGUCAUACACAAUAGAACUGAUGGAAAUAUAG